AUGACUCCAAAGAUCGCUCAAUCGCUAUUCGUCGAGCAGCAGCAGUUUUCGAUGUCCCAGAGUCAACUCUCCGUGGCCGACUACGAGGAUGCCACUAUCGCAAAGAACAACGCGCAAAUAGCAAUAAGCCAUCUGAAACCCAGGAGGCAUCAGUACGAUGGAUACAAUCACUUGAUAGCCGUAGAGCGCCCCCAAAACAUGCUCAAGUCAAGGAGAUGGCAGAUCUACUUCUUCGGGAGGCUGAUCCUACGAGAUGUACACCAGACUUGUAAUCCUGCUUUGCGCGAAAAGUCAGCUACAAGCGGGCAGAAUGAUUUGCCAUGGGGGUUGUGGCCACUGCAAAGGUUAUAUCACGACGCGAAGAAAUUGGCAAACCGCGUCUUGGACAGCCAGGCAAUCAAGACCAUUACGCAGGGCUGGAGCUCGGGCUCCUCAGGAACGCGCAAGGUUCACCGGUCAUGA